CACCCACGCCAUCUCUUGGAAAGCGCCACGACUUAAUUAUUCCGACUGCAAGCAUGUAUUUGCGUGAACGUCACAAACCAUACUUCAGAAGCGACGUUUUCAAGGUUGACAAAUCAUUUUUCCGUAUUGUGAAGCCAAAAUUUCGGUAAUUAUGAGUGCCAGUGUUAAUCCUUCCAAGUCAUCAUGCACCAAGCGAGUAACAACUACCAUUCACGAUGAACUAACUUGGGGAAUGAUGUACAGGAGUCAAAAUGCGAAAAAAAACGAAAUCCCCUUACAACUAGCAUGUUCUCCAAUCAAUAUACACCGCUGUAGCAUAGAUAAAGUAGUGAAGAAUGUCUGCAUCUAUCCACCGCCCGAAGAGCAAGCCUCGAGAGUGAAGAAAAGAUGUCGAAAAAAAGAAAAAUGCGUUAAUACAACAAAUUUACACGCUGGUCGAGUUGACCUACUGAAUCGGAGCAUUCUGAAUCAAAAGGAAUACAUGAAGGUCCUCGCUGUGCCCAAUAUACGCUGCUUCAACAAGCCAACAUGCCGCAUAAAACAUAGAUGCGUCAGGGAUUCUUGUUCACCACGCAUAGUCAAACUAGCUCUCCCCAGAAAGCAUCAUGUGCUUGGCACUUGGAAAGAUCAUCAGUGUUUCCUUCCCUCCGAAUUCAUUGAGAGAUUGCACAACCUUCUGCAUGCCGACAACAACAUCAACAUCAAAGACGUGAGGUAUUACUUCAAGAAGUUCGAUAAAAGGAAAAGACGCCUGGGCAUAUUAUUGAAAAGAAGGAAAAGAAGGCGGGAAAUUUGUGACCUGAUGUGGAUCAGAUGCGAAGUACAGAACAUGGCGAACAUGAUAGUUAACUAUUUCAUAGCGGAACCCCUCCUCGAUCUCAGCUUCAAACAGUUGCUCAUUUCCUCUGUAUUAAUCAAUUUCAUGGCAAGGACUGGAAAAAUACGACAACCAUUGACUAGAAACACAAAGAAAACAUUCCCUUCAACCAUUAUUGAAAUCUGCGAUAAAGUGGCGAUUUGGCUUGAUUCUGUGGUGAAAUUGGUGGAUUUUCAGCCGAUUGAUGAUGAAGAGAUCUCCGAGGAAGUAGAUGAGUGGGGUCUUGCAGAAGAGGAAGGUGAAGAGUAUUUUGGUAUGAUGGGCUAUGAGCAGCAGGAGGAGGAGGAGGAAGAUGAAAACGAUGAAGCGGAAUGAAUAAACCUAUUUUCGUAUUGUUGUUUUGUGAACGUUAUAUUAUUAUUGUUGUCAAGGUAAUAACGUAUAGACCAGAUGUGAAGUUGAAUAAAUAUUCAAACAUUUA